AUGCCGGCCGACAGCACAGUAGAUGUUGUGGAGGCUCCAGUCUUAGAAGCAAAGCCCUCCAGCAAAAGCUCGCAUAAUCCAAAACUGAAAAGAAGCGACGAAUACGGCGUUCUAAGUGCCCCAAACAUCGGACUGGUGGUUUUGGGAGAGCAUCAGUUCGAAACAUGGUACGGUAACGGCGCGUAUUUCAACUCAGCUGGCGACUCAGAGCUAGGAAUUGACAGCAUACAUGUCAGUGGCUCUUCAAGAAGAAAAACACCCGCAGUGGACUCGCAGCUUUGGUUAGACAAGUUGUAUGUGUGUGUGCAUUGCUUCAAAUACACCGCAGACGAGGGCAAGAUGACAUUACACAGAACUUUGUGCCCUCUACGAAAGCCUUUUCCGCCAUUGGGAAGGUUGGUCUAUUCAGAUACGAAAGCACCGUACCUCAUCAAGCAUGUUCGAGGGUUCACCCAUGAGCUUUUCUGCCAAAAUCUCUCGCUUUUUGGCAAGCUCUUCCUCGAUGACAAGUCGGUCUACUACAACGUCGACUGCUUCGACUUUUACAUUCUUUACGGCUUCGAUCCCCAGGAUGAGGACAUCUCCGGAUCGGUGCUACGCAAAUACUUCAAACCAAUGGGCUUUUUCUCCAGAGAAGUCAAUUCCUGGGAAGCUGACAACAACCUCGCAUGCAUAUGUGUUUUCCCACCGUACCAGAGGCUCCAUCUAGGGCAACUCCUUAUCGAAUUUCUGUAUGCUCUCGCGCUGGUGACACCAAACAUGGCAAGGCUGGGUCCUGAGUUCCCACUCUCACCAUACGGAAAGGUCAGUUACCUACGAUUCUGGUCCAAAAAGUUGGCGUCCCAUAUAACCACAGAUUUAGCUCAUAAAGAUAACGUCACUCUUCUGCAACUUGGAAACGACACGGGAUUCCGGAAAGAGGAUACACUACUCGCAUUGGAGUAUAUGGGUGUCCUAGAAGAGGACCCUGACACCGAAGAUGUUUUCGUCAACACAAGCAAGGUGAAAGACUGGUGCAAGAAAAAUAAUUACAAUGGUUCCAUUCAUCAGCAAAUUCUAAACCCACUGACAGCUUCCAUACCUGAACCUGUUCAUGUUGAGCCACCCGAAGGCUCGUCUGAGUCCCUUUUUGUUCAGGAAGACGAUGAUGAGGACGUGGUCGAGGUGAUUGAGGAGCCUCAGCAGAACGGUUCAUCACAGCCUACCCAGGAUACGACUACGACCCAAGUUCCGGUGACCUUGCUGAGUCAACCUAUCGAAGAGCAGACGACUCUAGCGUCUCUGCAAGAUUCAAACGGCUCCGAAACUAGACUAUCACAAAUCGGAUUUGAUCUUUUCAAAAGUCAACUACAAUCAGUUAUUGGCGAUGCUUCCAACAAGGCAUUGCGUCAUCUUUACCAAAAAUACUUCAACAGACCCAACUACAUUCAGCUUGCAACAAAUGAGUACUUCAACAGUAUGGAGUUGGGCGCGACUCCAACGCAAGAGGAAGUCAAGGAAGAAAAGGAUGUAAAAGAAGAACGAAACGAGGAAAUCAAAGAGCUUUAUGAACGCAUGAGAACUCAAGUGAAGCAAGAUCAAGAGGAGAUCAAGGCCAACCUGUGGAAGAAAUACAUAGGGACGCUUCAUUUGGAAGCUUGGGCAACGCGACCAUACCUUCGCAGUCUUAAUUAUAAGCAACCCUUGGUAAUAAAGAGACUUAUACCAAGCAAGAUGAAAAGAUCCUCAAAGGUUCAGGCAAAGUUUGGAGAUUCAGCUGUUAUUCGAUUAUACACUGAAGGAAGUGACAACAGAGAGAUCGGCCGUCUACCGGAAGAUGUUACCAGAAUUCUCUCACCUUUAAUUGAUCUCGACUUAGCUCACUUCGAAGCAGCAGUGAUGAUGGAAACGAGCAAACGGAUUUCCAUAGGUGACCCUUUCUACAUUCUGGUCCGCUGUUUCCUCAAUAAUAAUACUUUUGUCAAUCAUGAGAAGUACGUUGGUAGUGAGGAUGUGGAUGAUGCUUCCCCGUCAAAGAAAAGAAAAGUUUCAAAGGGAGCCGGUUUCAACUACUCAAAAGAAACCGAUGCUGAGGCAGCUUUAAGACUCAAACAAAAGUCCAUCGCAAAGUUGUUCGAUAAGUUACAUAUUGUUCCGUUUGAUGAAAAUCUGCCGCCCGCUGAAGAACUUGUGGUACUCGAUGACGAUGCCUCCCCUGAAGACACCUCUACCAAUGCCACCAUGGAUGAACUAAGUCUUGAUCAGUUGAAAGACUUUUAUACCGCCAAUCAGCAUUCAGAUUAUUUAGAUGAUUUGCCGGAGUCAACGACGCCUCCAAAAGAGAAUUUCAAGUUGGAGCUCAGGCCUUACCAAAAACAUGGACUUUCAUGGAUGUUGGCGAGAGAAAAAGAGAUUGAUACUCUUGAGACGUUGUCAACAAGUGAAGGCGAAGGGUUUUCUACGCAAAGGCGUCAAGCAAUUCGUCAAGAUGAAGGUGUGGCGAACCCUCUUUGGAGCAAAUUCAAGUGGCCCACAGACCCUGCAAAUGAGGUUGAAAACCUGUCUGAGGACGGGUUUUUCUACGCCAAUUUGUAUAAUGGCGAGAUGUCCACUGACAAACCUAUGAUGAAGAGCUUCUUAAAGGGCGGAGUCCUUGCUGAUGAGAUGGGCUUGGGUAAGACGAUUUCGACUUUGUCUCUCAUCCAUUCCGUUCCUUAUGAUCUAGAGGCAAUUAAAUUCGAGCCUCCUCGUUACGCAUCCAAAACGACCUUGAUUAUUGUUCCGAUGUCAUUGUUGUCACAGUGGAAGGCCGAGUUUGACCGUUCUAACAACAAUAAGAACCAUAGGUGCUUUAUCUACUAUGGUGAUACAGUUCAGGCCGAUUUCUCUCAGACAUUAUGCGGACGAUCCACCAAUAUACCGAUUGUUGUUUUGACGACUUACGGCACAGUUCAGAACGAGUGGACUCGUUUCAACAAAACGCGUGAUGAAAACGGCAAACUCCCUAAGUUGGGUUUAUUCUCUGUUGAAUAUUUUAGAAUCGUUUUGGACGAAGGUCAUACAAUCAGGAAUAGGACUACCAAAACGGCAAAGUCUGUUCAUGAGUUGGAGCUGAGAAGGAAAUGGGUACUAACUGGAACCCCGGUGGUAAACAGGUUAGAUGAUAUAUUCUCCAUUGUCAAAUUUUUGAAGCUUGAACCUUGGAGUAAUUUCUCAUACUGGAAAACGUUUGUGACCUUACCUUUUGAGCAAAAGAAGUUCAACCAAACGUUGGACGUGGUCAAAUCAAUCUUGCAACCGAUAUUUUUGAGGCGUACAAAGAACAUGAAACUGAAAGAAGGCAAACCUCUCAUCAGUCUCCCGGAGAAGGAAGUCAUUGUGCAAGAGCUUGAUUUCAGUAAGAGAGAGCAACUUUUUUAUGACUUUUUUAAAACCAGAGCAUUUCAGUCUUUCAAGGAUGGUAUCAAAAGCGGUGAUUUGUUGAAGAAGUAUACUCAGAUCUUGACACACAUCUUGCGGUUACGGCAAAUUUGUUGCCAUGCUGAUCUCGUUUCGAAAAGUGAUGAGCUCGAUGAGACUUGGGCUCGUGAGUUGGAGGAAUUCGAAAAACCCUAUUUGUCUGAGAGAUUCGAGAGCGAUACGAAAAUGAAGCAGACGAUGUAUGGUCUCUACAAGCGGAUUGAUAUCCCGAACAGUGAGUGCUCCAUAUGUACUCAAGCUCCGAUAAGUGUUGGAGAGAUGAUAGUCACUGAAUGUGGCCAUAGUUUUUGUUUCCACUGCUUGAAAGAACACAUAGAGUUUCAGGCAAACAAUGGUAACAGUCCGCUUUGCCCAGAUUGUCGUGGCUCAAUCUCGAUAUACAGACUCUUCAAAAGCAGAAAUAAGGAGAUGGAAAAGAAGGAGGUUAGAUUUCACACAAACGAGCAAGUGGACGAUCCGAGCGCAAAGUAUGAAUUUCAGCUUUACCACUAUGAUCCAGACAGAACAUCCUCAAAAAUUGAGGCGCUCAUAAGUCAUCUUAUAGCCCUUAAGGAUCAAGCUCCGGGUGAGCAAGUGGUGGUGUUCUCACAAUUUUCCAGUUAUCUUGACUUGAUCGAAAACGAGUUGAAGGUCAUCAGCAACAAUGGCGACGAUUUCGAGGUUUAUAAAUUCGAUGGUCGUUUGAAUGUCAACGACCGUGAAAAGAUCUUGCUGAGCUUCACGGCCGAGCGUAAAAUGAGUGGAAAGAUUGUCGUCCUCCUCUUGUCGUUGAAAGCGGGGGAUGUUGAGGAUCAGGCUAUUGACAGAAUUCAUCGAAUCGGUCAAGCUCAGAAUGUCAAGGUUGUACGCUUUAUUGUGAAGAACAGUAUAGAAACCAAGAUGUUGCGCAUUCAAGAAAGGAAGCGUAUGAUGGGAGAAGCUGUUGAAGUUGAAGAGGAAGAAAGAAGAAAGCAAAGAAUCGAGGAGAUCAAACUCUUAUUCGAAGACAAGCAUGAAAUUGGCACUGGCGAAUACCAAAACAUUGAUUACUUCUACAAGUUCACCACAGAGCUCUUGAUUAGGGAAACUGGACGUUUGGGCCUCCGGCUCACAAAUGAGGAUGAAGAAGUCGUCAAAGAUGAUCCGGAAGAUGUUCUUAACGUAUUGCGUGAGGACUUUGACAAAAUUUCUUCCAGCUACAAUGUUGCAAACGGUGAAACUGUUGUUUACAUGAACAAGGUGGAGGAGCCACCUCUUCCAGCCUACCACAGCUUAUACUCGUCACAAUCACCACCCGAGCCUAAGAUUAAAACGCAACCACUCUUCUCCAGUUUGAUCGGAAAGUCAGCUCUUGAUCUUAGAAACACAAUUGUACCUGAUCCAUACCUGUUGGCGAAGGUCAUUGGUUCUACCAAAACCGUUCCUAGCAACUCGGAAACUUUGAAGAACUACGGAAACCCAGUGGCCAAACCGCCUGGCCCUGGUCAGCUUGGUGGUCAAAUAUUGGAUAGCUUCUUCCAUCCAAAUUGGUAUACUGUCGAGGCCCCCAAGUGGUUGGUGUAUAAGCAAAGAGCAUUGAAACCGCCUGUUGAGUCUACUCUUGUGAAAGAAACUUUUGACAACGAGUUGAGAACUUUUGAAAAGGUGUCCAAUACAAUAAGAUCUUUUGGUCCGGCCACUGACCUGAGAAGCUCGGUUCUCAGCGCUUCACUUCGAAAUUCCGUGUGGUUCAAUCAUUUCGGUGUCAAGUUGAUAAAUGACAUAACGAAAAAGUAUUCUGGAACCACACCAUCGAACGGUGAUCGCCCAGCAGCUCAGCCUAAUAAGGAGGAUACAGCUAUGGAAGAAGACUCUCCUCUCGACGACCAACCAGCUGCCAUCGACGCAAAUGGAAAAGACAGUUUGGAAUUGGAUGACUCAGAUGUAAGCCUGGAUGUCAUCAAGCUUGAGAAUCUUGUAUACUACAGACCAGAAGAGGUUGUGGCCUUGGCUGAAUUGAGACGAGAAAAAGAAGAGUUCAAAUCGCCCGCAAAAAUCCAAAAGGUCAUAUCAUUGAGUAUUCUCAGACUCAACAAGUUGCGUCAAGAAAGAUACCGUCUGAGCGGUAAUAAGAAGCACGAUGCAUCUGUUGCAGAAGUUGUUCUUUACAAGAAAAUUACCAAACUUCUCACCCUCCUUCUCCAGUCCAAAGCCGGUCAGGACCAGGCUUUCCCUCACACUCUCAGCAAGGAGUUGCCUGUGCUACUUAACGAGAUCCCAGGUGUUUUGCCGGGACACAUGCCUUCAUCCACUUCCUCAAUUAACAAGACUGGCAGACUCGCUAGCAUCAGAGGGCCCUACAAAAAGAAGAAAGGUUUCAUGUGA